CGGGUCGGGUACGGGUCGGGUUGCACAUCUCUAGACUAUAGUAAAGGCUUUCCUUCGAUCGGUCUUUUAUAACUCAGCACUAGCUGAAAUCUUUGUCGACAAAACACAAACCGAUUAUAUUUUCAUUAGUAGCGAUGUCACUUGAGCAAACAGUUCUUGACAUUUUGCAGUUUUAAAAUCCGGUUUGGUUCGGUGUCUAUUGAGAAAAAACGAUUGUUAUCGAAGAGAAAAACAAGAUUUCUCGCACAUACUCGUUUUACAAACAAUUAAACGUAUUGUUGGAAUUGUUCAUUUAGGCACAAUAGAAAUAAUCUAAUAUAAGAUGUUCUCCAAAAAGGUAACUAAAACAGACAUUAGAACUCAUUGUUUUCGCUAGUACGAAACCGGAUGAACUUUAAAACACAAGAUAUUAGGAUUACCUUCACGUCGUAUAUUUAUGUUUAAUAGCUAAACAUUUCGGAAUAUACGCUACCACUUCUUCAGUAGCAAAUUGAAAAUUAAUUAUACAGAAAACCUACAUCUGAAACACGGUAAAGCUAAGCGAUUACAUUGAAAGUGAAGUACACAGUACACACAUAGUACUAUUUGCAGAUAUGGACUGCACAAAAAGGCAAGAGUAAAUUAUACGCAAUAGAAAGAGAAAUUUAUUUGAUUUUCUAUUUUAAUCUGUGUACUUUACUUCCAGUAUAAUCACUUAUUUCUACCAUGUUUCAGAUGUAAGUUUUCUGUAUAAUUAAUUUUCAAUUUGCUACUGAAGAAGUGGUAGCGUAUACUCCGAAACGUUUAGCUAUUAAACAUAAACAUACGAAGUGAAAGUAAUCCUAAUAUCUUGUGUUUUAUAAAACAGACAUCGAGAAAGAGAGAGAGGAAAAAUUUACCCCAAACUCUUUUUCUCUUUUUCUUGUUGUCUAGUGGUGUGUUUGUGUAAAACAUGAGAAAUUUAUUUCGUCUAUAAUCGGUUUUAUUUAUUUUUCAUCUAUAGUGUCCGAAAGUGGAUGUACCGGUAAUUCGUACGAUACAGAAUAUUAAAUAUCGAAGAAGUACAUCAUUAAGUAAUGGUGUACCGGUAAUUCGUUCGAAUAAUUAA